GCGGCUCGCGGUCCGGGCAUGUUUCAGCAGCGCUGCGGGGCGGGCGGAUCUGUUCGGUCUGGAUUUUUGUGAAUAAAAGCCCAGAAAUAAUCCGCUUCCACGCCUCGGAUUAACCCGGAUGAAUGGACUGUACCAGCUUUACUACAGCGCAGCGCCGCUCCUGCCACAUAAUGAACCCGGAAUUACUGAACCCGUCCCCGGACCGCUCCCCGGCAGCACCGCCGCCCAAGCCGAACCGGAACACCGCGAACAAAUGUGAACAGCCGAAACCGGAGCUGGCGCAGGUGGUGGUGGACCCGAAGAGUGGGAGAUCUUACACUAAAGGAAAGCUGCUGGGAAAGGGAGGGUUCGCUCGCUGCUAUGAGAUGACAGACCUCGCCAGCAGCCGGAUGUAUGCAGUGAAGGUUAUUCCACAGAGCAGAGUGUCCAAACCACACCAGAGAGAGAAGAUUACGAAUGAAAUAGAGCUUCACAAAACCCUUCAGCACAAGCAUGUGGUGAAGUUUUCCCAUCAUUUUGAGGACCAGGACAACAUCUACAUCUUCCUGGAGCUCUGCAGCAGAAAGUCCUUGGCACAUAUUUGGAAAGCGAGACACACCCUCACGGAUCCUGAAGUGCGUUACUACCUCAGGCAGAUCAUAUCCGGCCUCAAAUACCUCCACAACAAAGGAAUCCUCCACAGAGACCUGAAACUAGGUAAUUUCUUUGUAAAUGAAAAUAUGGAAUUGAGAUUAGGAGACUUUGGACUGGCUGCUAAGUUGGAGACGGUUGAGCAGCGAAAGAAAACCAUUUGUGGAACACCAAACUACCUGGCACCAGAAGUGUUAAACCGGCAAGGCCACGGGACCGAGUCCGACAUUUGGUCCUUGGGUUGUGUAAUGUACACGCUGCUGUGUGGAAACCCUCCGUUUGAAACCUUAGACUUGAAAGAAACGUACAAAUGCAUAAAGGAAGUGAGAUACAGUCUCCCGCCUUCACUUUCACCAGCGGCACAGAAGCUAAUCUCCGCCGUCCUGCAGAAAAACCCCAGCGACCGCCUCACUCUCGACCAGAUUCUGGUCCACGAGUACUUCAGCAAGGGCUUUACUCCAGACAAACUUCCCCCCAGCUCCUGUGUGAUGGUCCCUGAGCUCAGCCCACCCAGUCCUGCCAAGAAGUUCUUCACCAAAAUGGCCAAGAGCUUAUUCGGCAAAAAGAAGUCCAAAGUAGAGAAAAAGCCCAGUGAAGAUAAGGAGGACAUCUCGAAGCUUGUGUCCGGCAUGGUGAAGCACUCCAUCAGCCGGCAGAUCAGCUACAAGACCGUGGGGGUGAAUGAGGCUCCCUCUCCUGUGGGUCAGCUGGCCAGCUCUGGACCUCUGGACACACCGGGUGAAGAAGAGUCCAGAAAAUCAGCUCCUCGCUCGUUUAAAGGCACAGUGGCCAGCAGCACUGACGCAGGUGAAGGCACCUUGACUCCAGCAGCUGUGGCUGAAGCGGCCAAGAAGGUUCUCACCAGCUGCUUAUCCACCAUGCCGACAGCUUCGAAAAACCCUCCGUGUCUGGAGAAACCUCAGCCUUUCCUGUGGGUGAGCAAGUGGGUGGAUUACUCCAACAAGUACGGCUUCGGAUAUCAGCUGUCCAAUCAGAACGUCGGGGUCCUCUUUAACGAAGGGACUCACCUGAGCCUGUGUGAUCAGCGCAGAACGGUGCAUUACUGCCUGACCAACAACAAACACUUCACUUUUCAAGCUGAUUCGUUACCUGAACCUCUUCAGAGGCAGAAACACAUCGUGGAACUCAUGGCCAAAUACAUGGAGCAGAAUCUGAUGGAGGGAGGAGAUCUGGGGUUCGAGGAGCAGCCGCCUCCUUCUGCAUCUCCACCUCUUCUCCUGCAGUGGAUAAAAACUGAACAUGCCCUGGUCAUGCUCUUCAACAACGGCUCAGUACAGGUGAACUUUUACGCUGACCACACGAAGGUCAUCCUGAGCAAGUCUGCAGACUCCUCCUACCUGCUGACGUACAUCAGCCGGGAGCGCGUGUCCACCUCCUACCCUCUGCACGUGCUCAGUGAGAGCGGCUGCUCGUCGGAGCUGCGCCACCGCCUGCAUUACGUGGUGCAGCUGCUGCAGCACUACGCCAGCGCGUGACCGAACCCCCAAACCCCCAAUAAAAAAAGCUUGGGCUGCGUGCCAUCAACACUUGCUGCUAAAAAAAUAAUACAAAAAAUAAAAUAUCAAAAGGACUUAAACAAAGGCUGGAACCGGAAGUCAUGGGACGCACCGUGCAACGUUCUGGACUUUUCCUUUAAUACUUGACCCGACUCCUGACACUUACACUACCGACGUGACGUGCAAACACACAACACAGCACUCGGCCCGUUCUUUCAGCUGGACUGGUGGGAGGGGCUUCAACAUUGUGGGAGGGGCUUGAACAUUGUGAAGAGUGCUGAACUGAACGUCUUCUACUACUCAAGAUGAAACCAGGCAGAGGAGCAGAGGAGCCUGGCGUUUUAUGCUUCGACCACGAGCCUUCCAUUUCUUUCUUUUUCUUCUUCUCCUCCUUUUUCUCAAAGUUCCAGACGUGUAGAGGUUUAUUUUCCAGAGCUACACGCCAGAUAUGGACGGCUUUAGACUUCCAAGAGUUUAUUUUCAGGAGAAAGGUUUAUUUUAAAGCUGGCGGAGGAGGGUGGCGAAUUCUGCGCAGUGAAGGACCCGCAGUGAGGCGUGGAGGGGAGCGUAAAGUGCCUUUCUUCGUUGACGUUUGUCUGGGUUGUGCAAUAAUGGCCCUUCUGAACCUCAAGCUCGAAUAACAAAAGGAGGGAUCAGAAAAAGGCAUAUGGAUAUUAUCAUGAUAUUGUUGUGCUUCAAUAUGAUUGAUUGAUCGAUUAUUUUCAUGGGUUUAAAGUCCCCUGGGUUUCAUGUCACUACAGACAAACCCGUGGUAUAAGCUUUUUUUGCCUGAUCAAUGGUAUUAUACUCUUUAAUAAUAUCUGUAUCAGAAGGAAAACUAAUUUAAAAAACUAUAUUUCAUUUGUGCCUCAAACUCUGUUACUUGUUACACGCCUUCCAUCUUAUGAUGUAUUCCUUAAUACUGUGAUCCUGACUGUAGGGAGUGAAAGAAGUAAUAAGUAUUGUGUUUAUAUGAUAAUUUGUGGAGCUAUUACCUUUUUCAGACAAUUAUUAUUAUUAUUAUUAUUAUUAUUAAUAAUUUUGUGGCACGUGUUCUCUCUAUUUAUUUAUUUUUUAUUUAUGCUUUAUUAUUUUAUUUAUUAAAACAGUAAAUGGUGUGAACACUGGGUAAUGUUCGAGAUCACUUUUUUAUGUGUUUGGGAGGGGAAAUAAAGUUUCAUGAAAUGCACAUAAA